AUGUCAUCGAAGAUCCAUGGCUUCUCCACGCCCACGGCCCUCCUCUUCACAUUUUUCGGCAUAGACUACAAGGUCUCGGGCUGGACCUCGUCGUUCAGAUUUUCACAGCAAACCUGGAUGUGCUUGUUGUUCACCCUGUUCCUGAUCGAUACCCUGAUUCUGUUGCUCGGUACCUGCCAGCUGGAACUUGAGGACGGGUUUGGGACGCCGAGUUUUCAGAGGGUUAUUGAGGCAUUUCCUUGUGUUGCCCUGAUUGGAGACGUCCCGAAUUUAUACGCCGUGUCGCUCGGCACCGAAUUUAGCACCUUGGCUUCGAUAUUUUCUGUCUCCUGCAUCAAUGGAACCGUGUGCUUUUUCAUCGGUCUCCACUGCAGCAUAAUUCUAUUCAAAAAACGCAGCCGUGUCAGCACAAAGACUCGAACGCUGCAAAAGACCUUCUUCUUCGACAUGAUGGUCCAGCUGAUCGUGCCGCUCAUCUGCUUGUCCGCCCCCUGGCUAUACUUCAUAUUUGCUUUUAUCGCCAGCUACCCUCCCAAUAUUGGUCUCAACAACCUGUUAUUCGCCGCCUUUUCCUCUCAUGGCUUCUUGAAUUCGCUAUCGAUCAUCAUGAUCUACCGCCCGUAUCGACUAGAGUUCUUCCGUGUGCUAUCGAGGAGAACUUGGGGUGAAUGGACGAACAAGACGACACCGAUUCUUAUCGCCGACUUGGGCACGAGCAUGUCGAAUCGAGAAAAGCCCGAACAA